AUGCGUAGAGACGUUGUAUCAGAAUUGGUUUUCUGGGCCCGCCCCGAAAACCAGCCCUUCGUCUCGGACUUUACCAAGGAGAAGCCGGAGGUGUGCAUGGCUGCCAUGAAGCAGGAGGAAGAGAAGCAUAUGGUCACAGUGCAUGAUGUUCGUGGACAGGAGUCACAAUUCACCCUUGACGGAAAUGGGUUUCAGUAUGCGCAGCACGACAUUCCAGGGAUGGAUAGAGCCGAGGAUCCUACACACGUGGAAACUGUCAUCAUCCCUCAAACAGAGGAGUUAGUUCGGAAUAUAACUGGCGCGACCAAAACCAUCACCUUUGCUCACCGUGUGCGAUGUCUUGCGGCGGAUGAAAACCUCCUUGCCAAUAACCGCGCUCCAGCCCAUAGUGUGCAUUCGGACUUCAGUGUCCCAGGAGCCUUCCGCAUGCUCGAGACAAUCAUUCCCGACCCAGAGGAGAGACAACAAUUACUGAAAGGACGUGUGGAGAUCAUCAAUGUCUGGCGACCAUUGAAGAAAGUGGAAAGGGAUCCCUUAGCGGUGUGCGACUGGACCACGCUCGACCAGAACGAUAUUAUCCGUCAUCGGCUUGUCUUGCCAACUGGCUGGAAUGAGCUCGGGAAAUAUGUCUUCAAUCCAUCGCAAAAAUGGUGCUAUCUCAGCUCGCAGCAGCCACAAGAAGCGUUGAUUUUCAGGCAAUUCGACAGCCGUAAGGCAGAUAAAGGGGGCAUGAGUCUACCUCACACGGCAUUUGUGGAUCCGGAUUCGGCCGACGGGCCUGCAAGGGAGAGCAUCGAGAUCAAGAUGUUUGCCUUUUCUGACGUUACCCACGUGUGCCAAUGA